AAGAAGGUCCCGUGUCGCCUCCUCAAGUACAACCACAUGGACCAACUCUUCAUUGUCACACUGCAGAAGUCUGUCCUCGAGCGGCAGUUCAUUGCCUACAGUGAGCUGCAGCCCGGGCAGGUUGUGCAGGCCACCGUCAACAGCUACGACAGCAACGGCGCACGGCUGGCGGUGAGCAAGCUGAUGAGUGGCCACGUGCCCUCACUGCACCUCACGGACGGCCCCAUGAAGCACCCCGAGCGAAAGCACAUCGUGGGGGACCAGGUCACCGCCAGAGUGCUCAAGGUCAACUCCAAGAGACAGCACCUUCUCCUGACCCUCAAGUCCCAGCUGGUUACAGCCAAGGAGCUCAUUCUUACCGAGUACUCGCAAGAGGCGGAGAACACACUCACCAUCAGCUACGUCACCAAGGUGCUGCCGCAGGGCCUCCUCGUGAAAUGACGUGAAAACGACGUGAAAGGCUUCAUCCCCAGGUCGCAGGUCGGCAUUGAGUCGGGCACGAGUCUAGCCUCGGCAUUCCACGAGGGACGAGUCUUUCGCUGCAGGGUCCUCAAGGUGUCCCCCGAGAAGCAGAACAUCACCCUCAGUCUCCUGGUUGACGAGGACGUUCAGCCAUUGAGUAGGGCGCCCAAGUCAGCGAGGAAGGUUGAGGUGCGAGCAAGAGUCAGGU